AUGUCUGCUCCACAAGCUAAGAUUUUGUCUCAAGCUCCAACUGAAUUGGAAUUGCAAGUUGCUCAAGCCUUCAUUGACUUGGAAAACUCCUCCCCAGAGUUGAAGGCUGACUUGAGACCAUUACAAUUCAAGUCCAUCAGAGAAAUUGAGGUUACCGGUGGUAAGAAGGCUUUGGCCAUCUUUGUGCCAGUCCCAUCUUUGGCUGCGUACCACAAGGUCCAAAUAAAGUUGACCAGAGAGUUGGAGAAGAAGUUCCAAGACCGUCACGUUAUCUUCUUGGCCGAGAGAAGAAUAUUGCCAAAGCCAUCUAGAAGAUCCAGACAAACUCAAAAGAGACCAAGAUCCAGAACUUUGACUGCUGUCCAUGACAAGAUCUUGGAAGAUUUGGUCUUCCCAACCGAAGUUGUCGGUAAGAGAGUCAGAUACUUGGUUGGUGGCAACAAGAUCCAAAAGGUCUUGUUGGACUCCAAGGACGUUCAACAAGUUGACUACAAGUUGGAAUCUUUCCAAGCUGUUUACAACAAGUUGACUGGUAAGCAAAUCGUCUUUGAAAUCCCAUCCGAAACCCACUAA